GAAGCCCUUUCUCUUCCUUGCUCUUCUGAUGUGGAUCCAGAUUCGGGCGAGCCGGGCCAUGCAGCCGGCGGUGCUUCUCGGCUUCCUGGGAGCUACUGUGGUGGCCGCUGUCAGUUCUAUGCCAGUGGACAACAGGAACCACAAUGAAGAAAUGGUGGCUCACUGCAUCAUCGAGGUCCUUUCAAAUGCCCUGUCGAAGUCCAAUGCUCCUCCCAUCACUCCUGAGUGCAGACAAGUCCUGAAGAAAGGUGGAAAAGAGGUCAAAGAUGAAGAGAAAGGUGCAAAUGAGAACACAAGGUUUGAAGUGAGAUUGUUAAGAGACCCAGCUGACACCUCCGAAACCCAGAGGCCCUCCAGUGGUAGGGAGGGCGCAGAAGCCCCAUCGGAGGACACCCAAGGCCCCCCAGGGGCGGACGUAGAGGGCGGCGGGCACAGCCGAGAGGGGGCAGGCAAGCCCCGAGGGGGCCCCUACUCCUCUGACAACCAAGUGGCCAAGGAAGGCAAGACACGCCAUUCUGAGAAGAGCGAGGGACAGGACAGGGAAGAAGAAGAGGGAGAGAAAUAUCAGAAAAGGGAGCGUGGGGAAGAGGGCAGCGAGGAGCGACACCUCCAAGAGCCGGGAGAGACGCAAACUGCUUUUCUCAACCAAGAAAACCGGGCUACAGCUAAGAAAAAAGAGGAGUUCGAGUCCAGGUACGAUAUACACUCUGCUGGGAGCCCUGCGAAGACACACAGCCGGGAAAGGAGCAGCCAGGAGAGUGGAGAGGAGACCGAGAGCCAGGACCGGCACCCGGAGAGCCUGAAAAGCCCACCCGAGGGUCAGGAGGAACCUGAGGAAAGCCAGGAAGAUGCCAGCCUUGAGGUGGACAAACGACGCUGGAGGCCGAGGCAUCACCACGGGAGGAGCAGACCGGACAGAGCCCCUCAGGAAGGGAAUCCUCCCCCCGAGGAGAGAGGACAUCCCCGCGAGGAAUCUGAGGAGUCAGUGUUGGGCUUGGCCAGCCUCGGGGGACAGAGAACCCGCCAUCCAACCCACUACCCAGCUUCUGAAGAAGAACCCGAACACGGGGAAGAAGUGAGGAGUUCCUCCUCGGUCCAGGCUCCUGGGGACCUGGUGGGGGCACGAUACGGGGGCAGAGGGGGUGCGGAACACCGGGCUGCAAGACGUCCCGGCGAGGAGAGCCAAGAGCAGGAGAGGAGAGUCGGCCCCAGCUCAGAGCUGAGGAAUAAGGGGCCCGGAUACAGUGAGGAAAGUGAGGAAGAGAGAGGCGACCAGGGACAGCGGCACCACCGAGCCUGGGGAGGAGGGCCACGUGCCGACGCCCCUCCUGACCAGGCAGAAGAGGAACAGUUCUGGGGUGAAGCACACCGCCAUGUUCCAGAAAGCCAGGUGGACAAGGCAAGGCGCCACCCACAGGCCAAGCUGAGAAAUUACCUCAACCGCGGUAAGGAGAAUGGUGAGGAAGGAGCCCCAGGCAGGUGGCAGCAGCCGGAGGACCUGCAAGGCCCUGAGGAGCACGCUGCAGAAGCCAGGCUUCCAGGCAAACCAUAUGCUCCCCAUCGCAUCCCUGAGAAGAAGAGAUUAGGGGAGUUACUCAAUCCAUACUACGUCCCACCCCAGUGGGAGAGCAGCCAUUUCGAGAGGAAGGACAACGUGGGUGACAAUUUUCUUGAGGGUGAAGAUGCAAAUGGGUUGACCUUGAACGAGAAGACUUUCUUCCCGGAAUACAGCUAUGACUGGUGGGAGAAAAAGCCCUUUGAGGAGGAUGUAAACUGGGGAUAUGAGGAGAGAAACCUGGCCCCCAAACUGGAUCUGAAGAGGCAGUAUGACAGAGUGGCUGAACUGGACCAGCUUCUUCAUUACAGGAAGAAGUCAGCUGAGUUUCCAGACUUCUAUGACUCUGGGGAGCACCUGAGUCCACGCCACGCAGCAGAGAGUGAGAAGGAGAGGGCCGGCCAAGGAGUUCUGACAGAGGAGGAGGAAAAAGAACUCGAAAAUUUGGCUGCAAUGGAUUUGGAACUACAGAAAAUAGCUGAGAAGUUCAGUGGUAACCGAAGGGGCUGAUGGUCCCUGGAGAAAAGGGCAUAUUUAAGAAGCAGCCCUCACAUGACCUGUUUUCCACCACUUCACUGAAAGACACCAUUUAUUUACCCAAAGGCAGAAAGUAGAAUUUACUAUUCAUCAAAUAUUUGACACAACUGGAAAUAUCUUUAAUUUUGCCAGAAUGCUAUUGAAACUAUAAAUAGCAUGACUUGUAGCAUAUUCUUUAUUAAAAAUUAGAUAUAUUAACAUGCUUGUGGCAAUGACUGUGCUUACUGUCCUUGAAAAAAAUAUUUGUCUCAGUGUGACAUAAUAAAGGAUUCUCUCCAGGC